UCAAAGAGACCCUUUGUCCCGUGCCCAGUUGGCCACUUAGAACUUUGUGGAAUAUUUUCCCCUGCCGAAACCCAGAACACUGUAGUGAACGACUGUAGGUGACGCAAAAUCUCAUUCCGAGAUAGAAAAUUCAGGGAAGGAAGAAGAAGAAGAAGAAUGAAGAGCAUACCUCUGCUUCUGAUGGGCUGUGGAGGUGUUGGUCGCCAGCUCCUUCAACACAUUGUCUCCUGCAGAUCUCUUCAUGCCAAGCAGGAAAUCCAUUUGCGAGUGGUGGGAGUCUGUGACAGUAAAUCGUUAGUUGUUGCAUCAGAUGUAUUCACCAGGGAAUUAAAUGAUAAAUUUUUAUCUGAAGUUUGCCGGGUGAAGUCGAAUGGUUUAUCUCUUUCUAAGCUUGCUGAAUUUGAUGAAUGCCUAAUAUACUCGAAUUCAGAGUCAAAAAGAAAAGUAAUAGAUAUUGCAGCUCUACUAGGAAAAUCAACAGGUUUGGCUUUUGUAGAUUGCUCUGCGAGUUACGAGACUAUUGCAGUGCUAAACCGAGUAGUUGAUUUAGGAUGUUGUAUUGUCAUGGCAAAUAAGAAGCCUCUUACUUCUACACUAGAAGAUUAUGACAAAUUGUAUUCCUAUCCACGAAGAAUUCGGCAUGAGUCAACUGUUGGUGCUGGCCUUCCUGUUAUAGCAUCCUUAAAUCGUAUACUUUUGUCUGGGGACCCUGUUCAUUGCAUAAUUGGGAGUUUGAGUGGAACUUUGGGAUAUGUAAUGAGUGAGGUUGAAGAUGGAAAGCCUCUGAGUGAAGUUGUUAAGACUGCCAAAAGUUUGGGCUUUACUGAACCAGAUCCCCGGGAUGACCUUAGUGGGAUGGAUGUUGCAAGGAAGGCUUUGAUUCUUGCUCGACUUCUUGGAAGGCGGAUUAACUUGGAUAACAUUAAAAUUGAGAGCUUGUAUCCUGAUGAAAUGAGACCUGAUGUUAUGUCUGUUGAAGAAUUUUUGGCUAAUGGUAUUAAAUUACUUGAUAAUGACGUUGAAGAAAGAGUUAAAAAGGCAUCCUUGAAGGGGAAUGUGCUCCGCUAUGUUUGUGUAAUUGAGGGUUCAAGGUGUGAGGUUGGCAUUCAAGAACUCUCUAAGACUUCUCCUUUGGGGAGAUUGAGAGGAAGUGACAAUGUGUUGGAGGUAUACAGCCGGUGUUAUAAUGAACAACCACUGGUCAUUCAAGGUGCUGGAGCUGGCAAUGAUACUACAGCAGCUGGUGUGCUUGCUGAUAUCCUGGAUAUUCAGGAUUUAUUCCCUUGAAAAAAGUGGGUAAUUCACUUCUGAGACUCAGAUCAUAGAGUCGAUGUCACAGGAUGCGCCACCAAGACAUGCAACAAAGCAAUGUCAGUUUUUGAAAAAUGAAGUGGACAUUUUUCAAUUGGGAGCUAGUAAUGCAGUUGCAACAAAGAUUUUGGUAUGUCAGUGCAUGCAUUUGCUAAUACCAUUUAAAGGUGAAAUUGUGCAUGCUGGAAGAAAUAUUUUUUAGAAGUAAACUUUUUGUGCAACUGAACUUCAAAUAGUGGGCAUUAGGUUCUGAUGUUUGUUUGUUUGAAGUCUGGAUAUGUAACCUUUACAGCAGUCAAAGAAAUUGUGAAAGAAGUAUGGAACUUUGAGGUCA